CUUGAAGCGCACAAGCAAGGGAGCCUCCAUCCAUGGCUGAAUGGCGGUUGAACACUCUCGCGAAGGUGGAGAGCUUCGUAUGCGGUUAACAUCGUCGAUCUGUUUUGCCCUAUAGAUUUUCGUUUUCAUUUGCCUUUGCAUUUGCAUGUAUGCAUUGAUUGCUUGUGUGUGUGUAUAUUUUUGCCUCUCCUUUCGGCUGCAAGGGCCAGAGAUCUGAUGAUCGAUUCCUUUACGGCUUUGUUCUCGAGGCAUAUAUUCAAAUUUUAUCAUCCAGAAGUGUUGUGGCUAUGCGCCAGAUUUGAUCUUCUUCCAUCUCUGGCUUCCCUUCCUCUGGAACAUCUUUAGUUUUUUCCAUUUCAAAGCACAUUUUUCUUUUUGGUUUUUUAACUGCUAGGGUAAAGAUACAGUCGGAAAAUGAAGGAAACUGAAGUUGAAAUUUGUUUUUUUUUUUUUCGGUUGAGCCUGAAAAUUAGUGAGCAUUUGUAAAAGAAAAAUAGUUUCUUUUCUUUCUGUUUACAAGAAUAUUGUAUCAUGCAAUCUCGUGGGUAAUCGUUUACAACUUAACUGAUUUCCGUAGUUUGUUUGAUUGUGCAGUGAAAAAUAAAGCCGAAAGAACCAAAAAGAUAAUAGGAUUUUAGCAUAUGAGCAUCCAUCAAUGGCUGUAAUGGGACAACUUGUAAGAUGGUAGCUUUUACGAAAAGAGAAAAGAAAGAUACAAAGGGUUCAUAUAUCAUAUUGCUUAGAAUAUGUAAAGGAAGUCUUAACUUUCUAUUUUGAUGAUUGCAGUUUUAUGUCUAUCUGUCCUUUGCAUUAAUUUUAUUUAGUUCAUUAGUGUAGUGUGGUGUUAGUUUUGGUAUCAUUUCUUUCUUUACAACACUUGGAAAAGAACGUUGCGAGCGUUAAUUGGUGGGUAGAUGUUGAUCUGGUACCGCGGUGCUAUUGAGAUAUCUUUCUAAUUGCCUCUCUUUUCAGCUGCAAGGGUACAGAUCUGAUGAUCGAUUCCUUGCUGGCUCUGUUCUGGGGGCAUACAUUUAACCAGCCUAAAGCUUAGGGACUAUACUAUUUUGCCAGAGUUGAUCUUCCUCCUCCUCUGGCGUCCUUUCUUAGGCAUACUUAUGCGGUUUAAGCAUCUCAACAAAGCCGUCCUGUUUUAAUCUCCUAUUUUGAAGAUAUCAAUUCGCUAGGAACGAGAAAUGAGUUUUCUCCAAGUUUUUGCCAUUUUUUUUAUUAUAUCUUAAUACAGACAAAUUAAUUAGAAUUAAAAUUUAGAAUUUUUAUCGUUUAGUUAUAAUUUUAUAUGCAUUGUAAUGCAAACGCUGGGAUACCGCCAUGGAUGGCGUUUCUUGCAGCAGCAUUAUCCAUAUUCAUUUGUAAUAAUUAUUCCAAAUUCUUCAUAUCAAUCGUACUGUGUAUGGUUAUGCAGAGCAAUCAGCGGGCCAUGCUAAUUAUGAAAUUCUCGUAAUUAUGAAAAUUAUGAAAUUCUCAUCUACUUUUAUACUUGUCAUUCCAAUGGUGGAUAGAGUUGGAUGUUAGCAACUUUAAUCCGCACUGCACAGCAAUGUCCAAGUGCUUCAGCCUGACGGCGUCCAGAACCCGGUGCUACGUAUUUGCCUUCUCCAAUUCGGGGCUCCGGUUGACGGUCGCCGACCUGGGCGACGGCACCGUCAUGCAGUGCUGGGUGCCCAAGACCCGCAGAGAGGACAAGCCAAGCUUGGUGCUCAUCCACGGCUUCGGCGCCAACGCCAUGUGGCAAUGGGCCGACGUGGUCCGGGCGGUGGCGCCCCAUUUCAACGUGUACGUGCCGGAUCUAGUCUUCUUCGGCGGCUCUUAUACGACUCGGCCGGACCGGUCGGAUGCGUUCCAGGCCCGGUGCGUUAUGGGGGUUCUGUUGGCGAACCGCGUGGGGAAGAUGGUGGUGGCGGGGAUGAGCUACGGGGGUUUCGUGGCGUACAGCAUGGCGGCACAGUGGCCGGAGGCGGUGGAGCGGGUGGUGCUGUGCUGCGCGGGGGUGUGUUUGGAGGAGAGGGACCUGGCGGAGGGGCUGUUCCGGGUGGCGGACGUGGAGGAAGCUGCCCGCAUCCUGCUGCCCCGCACGGCGGCAGAGAUGAGGGAGCUCAUGCGCUACACACUUGUCAAGCCGCCGUUGAUCAUACCCUCCUGCUUCCUCCAAGACUACGUUGAUGAAAUGUUUAGUGAGAAUGUGGAGGAGAAGAAAGAGCUACUUCGAGCAAUCCCCAAGGGCAGGAAGCUCUUAGACCUUCCCAAGAUCCCUCAGCCUACACUGAUAAUAUGGGGAGACCUGGACCGAGUAUUCCCUCUAGAACUUGGUUACAGAUUGAAAAGCCAUUUGGGGGAGAAUGCAGAGCUAGUGGUGAUCAAGAACGCAGGGCAUGCCUUUAACGUUGAGAAGCCCAAGGAGUUGGACAAGCACUUAAAGCCCUUCCUUUUUUCUGCCACACUCCCACUACCAAAUACAAGUUCUCUUGCAUCCAAUCAUCAAAAACAGUAGCCCCUUUCUCAAUCAUCAGAGCCAGGCUUGAUUAAUUAGCUGCAGUUGUAAUGUGAUUUGACUGGGAAGAAAAAUUAUAUUCUUCUAUUCUUUAGUGCAUAAAAAUACCAUUAAAAUGGUAUUGGUAACAACAGUUUUACCAGUAUGGUUAGAACUGUUCCUAUUAUAUAGAGUCAAUUAUGUGAAUUGUUAAGUUUAGUUUUAUGAUAAUUGAUUCAAUGAA